AUGUGGAGAGGCUGGCUUCCAGUAUGUGGUCCGCAAUGCUUCUUCGGCCUCUUCUCAGACGACCCGAGCCAAAACCCACGGAGCGCCAAGCAGCGUUCCUAUGAGGGCGUCAAGGAGGAUAAAGGCUCUAAUGGCCAAAGGACCCUGCAGCGAGAAGUGCGAGUGCCGACUUGGGAAUUCGACAGCUGCCGCUUUUCUAUUCCACUGCUGGGAUGUCUUGUGCUUUUUGCUUUGGUCAUUCUUAUUUUCAGUCAGCUCCACGCAGAUGCAUCCGCGCAACAUCCUCCCAUCGUCAUUCCGGACUGCCGCCGAAACUUCACAAGCGACGCUCCCCACAUCAACGUCCGAGCAAUGGCAUACUGCUGCCAUCAUUUAGGCCUUCACUGCCAAGACCUGGAACUCCACGCCGGUGCGAAUGGUGGGAUGGGCCCGCGAGACCCAGUGCAUGCAGUACACAUUGCCAGAGACCGGUCAAGGCCAAAGAAUGCCGUGCAACUGGUCCGGAGGCCGCUUUGGAGCACGCAAGAGCCGCGAUUCGACUGCAAAACUGGGCUGUCGACUUGGCAGAGAGGCUGGUCAGACAACAAGAAGGAUUGGUGCUGCCUCCAUGAGGGCAGAGGUUGCACUUCCUUCGACUGCACGGGUUCGGUCCACAGCAUGCCUUCUGGCCAGCGAGAGUGGUGCUGCCAGCACUUCCAGAAAGGCUGCCCUCCUGAGGCUCCAAGAAGCAAGUGCAACGAACACUGCCAUGGAACAGCUUCAACUUGCAGGCAGCACUUCCGCUGGAUACUUCACAACAUCUUCCCAAACCAGGAGAACGCUUGCACUCUGGCUUAUAGCAAGGUGCAACUGGAGUGCGAUGCUUGCUGGCAAUGCUCCGUGGAGGAGAUGGGCUGCGAGGACGGCUCCGAUCGCUCCUUCGACUGCUCUGACGACCCUUAUGGAUGGAAGCAGCAGAAGCAAGAGUUUUGCUGCCAAGAGCAUGGAUUGGGCUGCCGUUCCGACCAUCUCCCAGACCAGGAUGCCGGUCUUGGCAAGACAUGGGCCCGGGCCAAGGUCGACAAUAGCUGGACGUGGGUGAAGCGCGCAGCAGACUACGAUUGCUUUGCUGCCUUGCAAAAUGCCGCUGCAGCUUGGUCUUCGGACAAGAAGGCCUACUGCUGCUGGUCUCAUGGCCUCGGCUGCUGA